AUGGAGUAUUUACAGCCUGGGUUUGAUCCGUCAUCGCUCAAGGUGGCGAAACUAAGAAAUAUAUUGAACUUGCAUGGUGUUGACUUUCCAAGCUCGGCCAAAAAAGCAGAAUUGGUUAGCAUUUUUGAAAAAGAAAUAGUGCCAAGGGGGCCUGAAUUGCUUGCUGAGUACACCUCAAGAAUUGACAACUCUCAUGAUAAAGGUUUCGUCAACGCUACAGAUAAUGACGACGAAACUGAAGAGCAAAUAAAUGAAGUGACACCCAGGAAGGAGAAAAAAACAAAGAAAGGAACUGCUGAACCUACUCCAGAGAUUUCAAUGGUGAAUACUGAGAAUGCAAAAGUCGUGAAACCAAAGGCAAAAAAGAUUUCCAAGAGUAAGGAUGAUAAAGAUGCUACGGAGAUAAAGGGAAAAAAGAUCAGAACCUCAAAGAAUUCUGAGCAGAGACAGAGUGCUAACGCUAAACAGGAUGUUGACGAAGCAGGGCUUGAUAUUUCCAAAACAGAACAAGAAUCUGAGAUUGAGAAUUCCGAGUCUGAUGCAACAGAGAAUUUGAGCUCAUUCAGCGAUCAAAAUGUUUUCCAAUCUGGCAAAGAGUCAUCCAAGGCGUCAAGGAAGAGAAAGUUAAAGAGCAAGGAUGAUUCUGUUCCUGCAAAGAAAUUAAAAUCUCCUCCUAGCAGUAAAACACGAGUCACAAAAUCUCCAAGCAAAUCAAUAUUUGAUGAUACUGAUUCCGACAUUUUUGAUUAUACUAUAAUAGAGGGUGAUGACAAGAAGAAACACAAAAACUUCCCCUUGGCUGGUAACAAAUCUCCUACAACCUCAUCAAAUAAAACGGUGCAGUCGCCUCCCGCCUCUGCUAAUGAAGAAUCAUUCAAGUCAUUGGAAGAAGAAAUGUCCAAUUUUGACAAGCAGUUGGAAAUAGUUAAACAAAGACAUGUUUCGAACGCUCCAUUAAAGAUGGAGGUAAAGCUGCAACCAAAGUCUCGAUCUUCCCAAUCACCUGCAUACGACAAUGACUUGGCAAAACUGUUGGGAAUCACAAUUCAAGGAUUUCAACCACCUGUUGCUUCUCCUCAGGCACAAGAUUUAAAGCCAAGUGCAAAUAUAGGUGAUACUGCAUUAUUGGAUCAAGACGGAGAAAACUCAACCGAUUGGGAGCGAAUCAGGAAUACUGAAAGUUUUUUGACCAGUAACUCGGGAUCUAGGAGAAGAGACGCGACACCACAAAAAUCUGCUUUAGAGAACGACCAAAAAGAACUAGCUUCAGAAGAAACUGUGAUCCCAAAAUCAUCAAGCGGGAAGAAAAAGAAGGAUGUUAAAACACCAAGCAAAAAUUCAACUCCAACUUCAAGGGCAACUCCAAACUCAAGCAAAUCGUUGAAGAGAAAUAUAACACCGUUGUCGGGGAAAAAGACUCCAAAGAGAAUAAGAACACCUCUUGGGAGGGUUGCAUUGACGCCAAAGCCAAGAUUAUUAUCGAUAAACUCCACGAAAGCUGUCCUGGACUCCGAAGAGGAAGAAGAGAUAGAUGAUGAGAAAAAAUUGGCAAGUGAACCUGAUCAGAUAGUACUGGAUGGAUCGACGGAUGCCACUGAUGGUAUUCUCCUGGUUAAUUCAGCCAUCACUUUUGUUACUUGGAUCGUUGUCAUAUUGUCGUCGAUUUUUGGGUUCUGGUAUUAUGAGCAAAAGUAUUUAGUUGGAUACUGUGGUCAGGAAAUCGACCAACCAACAUUUGAAGAGUCAUCGAUAUCAUUGAUUGGAAAGCUUGGAAAUGCUCUCGAUACUUAUUGCAAACCCAAUUGUGUGCCCUGUCCACAACACGCUAGAUGUUUUACUAAUUUAGAAUUGGGCUGUUUCGAAGACUUUAUGGAAUUCAAACCUUGGUAUGACUUUUUUUCACCUGGUCACAAGAAAUGUAUACCAGACACAAAAAAGGCUGAAAAAUUAGAGAUUAUGAUUGAUGUUGCCCUUGAUUUAUUGCGUAGCAGAAAUGCAGCAGUUGAUUGUGGGAAAGGCUCGGACGACAACCAAAGCGGUAUCUCUGUGCAAGAUUUGCAUGAUUUGUUGUUAUCGAUGAAAGCACCAUAUAUAACUACAGAGGAGUUUGAAGAACUUUGGCUGAGAUCAAUUGUAGAAUUGACAAAAGAACCCGAUAUCAUUUUAAGGCAAGUCCGAUUUGCAGAUAUUUCACCAGGAAAAUACACACUUGACGCUAACAACACGCCAAGCAAGGCACAAGACAAGGUCGAAAUUCUUCGAUCAACGUCCUUAUCAAACAUCAGUUUAAGAUGUCAAAUUCAGAGCAGCAUCAUGGGAAAUGUUUCUCGUUACAAGUAUUGGAUACUAACAUUAAUUUUGUCGGCUUUGUCGUUCAAAGCAAUACAAUCGAAGUUUAGACGUCACCAAUUGGAAAAGAUCAAAGUUGACAUUUUGUAUCAAGAGGUAUUGGACAAAUUGAUUAAUCAAGUGAGGCUUGCUCGAGAUACCCCCAGUAUAAAUAGAUAUAUUGGAGCUAAUCAACUACGUGAUUUGAUUCUAAGCAACGAAGAUGAUUUAAGUGAACGUGUAAGAUUGUGGAACUUUGUGGGAUGUAAGAUCGAGAACAAUACGAAUGUUGCUAGUAAAAUUAUUGAGAAUCAUGGUGAGAUAAUGAAGGUUUGGGAGUGGAUCAGUGCCGAUGAGGCGAGAUAA